GUGAUGCAGGAGGAGCGCGGGGAUGAUAUGGAAUGUGGCCAGCUGCCGUCCGACCUUCUGCGACAGGUGACGAUCGAGCGCGACCCUUUCCACGGCUUUGGCUUUGUGGCUGGCAGCGAGAGGCCAGUCGUGGUGCGAUCUGUGACCCCAGGAGGCCCCUCUGAAGACAAGCUCCUGCCUGGGGACCAGAUUGUUGCCAUCAACGAGGAGGACGUGAGCGAAGCACCAAGGGAGAGGUUCAUCGAGCUGGUCAGGAACGCUCCGGAAUACAUUGUCCUCACUGUCCUGCAAACCCACCAGUCACCCAAAUCUGCCUUCAUCAGCGCUGCCAAGAAGGCCAAGCUGAGGUCCAAUCCCGUCAAAGUCCGGUUUUCCGAGCAGGUCACCGUGGGCCGGACAGACCCAGACAUGCUGAAGAAGGAGUCUCUCCUCCUCAUUCCCAACGUCCUCAAGGUUUUCCUGGAGAAUGGACAGAUCAAGUCCUUCACGUUUGACAGCCGAACCACGGUCAAGGACGUGAUGGUGACUCUGCAGGACCGCCUCUCCCUGAGGCACAUUGAGCACUUUGCCCUGGUGCUGGAGUACUCCGGCCCAGAGGAGAGCCAAAAGUUCCUGCUACUCCAGGACAAGCAGCCCCUGGCCCACGUGGUGCAGCGGACCCACUACCAGGGCAUGAGAUGCCUGUUCCGGGUGAGCUUCUUCCCCAAGGACCCCGUGGAGCUGCUGCGCCGGGACCCUGCUGCCUUCGAGUACCUCUACAUCCAGAGCCGGAACGACGUGAUCCGAGAACGUUUUGGGACAGACCCCAAGCCGGAAACGCUGCUGGGCCUCUCCGCCCUCCACAUCUACAUCACCGUCUCAGCUACCAGGCCCAGCCAGAAGGUCUCUCUCAAGAACGUAGAGAAGGAGUGGGGUCUGGAGCCCUUCCUGCCUCCCUCCCUCCUGCAGAGCAUCAAAGAGAAACGGCUCCGGAAAUCCCUCUCUCAGCAACUGCAGGCACACCAGGCCCAGGCUCCCAGCUGCGGGGGCCACAAGGCCUCAGCCACCCAGGCGAAGCUCCAAUACCUGAGGACUCUGAACGAAGUCCCCACCUUUGCUGGAGUUCUGUUCAACACUGUGGGGCUGGAUGAGAAGCAGCCGGCCACCACGCUGCUGGUGGGGCCCCGACAUGGCAUCAGCCACGUCAUUGACCUGAAGACCAACCUGACCACGGUGCUGUCCGAGUUCAGCAAGGUCAGCAAGAUCCAGUUGUUUCGGGAGAACCAGGGUGUGGCCCGUGUGGAGACUAGCAUCCUGGAUGCCAAGCCUCUGGUGUUGCUGAUGGAGUGGCCAGAAGCCACCAACUUCGCCUGCCUGAUCGCCGGAUACUGUCGUCUCCUGCUGGACUCCAAGAAGAUGAUCUUCUCCAAGCCCACCAGUCAGCCCCCCGUGCCCCCGGUGCCCCCAGUGAUCAAGGCAGAUUACCUGCACGGGGCCCUCCGCCCCCCAUCUGGGGGUCCUGGGGGGCAGAAGGAGAGCGGGCACGUGGGCGGCGGGGGCUCCAGCCCCAGGAAGCCGAGCCCCCAGGCCCCUUCACCGGCCAACUCUGAGCUGGUCAGUUUCUGCUACCUCCACAUGCGGGAGCAGAGGAAGGAGAGGGAGAGCCGGACGGAUGUCAACGAGAACCUGAUCUUCUUUGAGGGGACGAGACCCCGUACCAAGUCGGACCCGACCCCCAAAAGCUCCGGGAGGGGCUGUGACAGGGCGACCUCCGGCCCCGACCCCGACGGGCCGGGCUGGGAGCCGUGGGCCAGCCGGGCCCGGGCCCACACCCUGGACAGCCACCUGUGCCCAGAGGCCCUGCACUUGUACUGCGAGUCCUGCAAGGCCGAGAUCAAGAGCCGCCUGGUCUCCCGCCGGGGUCAGGGCGGCGGACGCGGGGGGCCCUCCCGCGACAACACGGUGGAUCUGACCUCCCUCCCUCCCCCGGGCAGUGAGGAGGAGGAUGAGGAUGAGGGCGGCGAGGAGGAGGAGGAGGAGGACGAGAGCACGGCGCUGCUUCCCGCCCUGGCCGCCCCACCCCCGGGCUUCCGUGACAACAGCUCGGACGAGGACGACCCCAAGCGCCGGGCGGCCCAGGGCCGGGAGCCGGGCCGGCGCCUGCGGGAUGAGAUCCCGGUCACUCUGAUCGACAGCGUGCAGACCCGGACGGUCCGGGAUCACGCCCGGGAGCUGGACGACGCCCUGGUGUCAACCCUGCAGGCCCUGGAAGCCCUGGCAGCUUCGGAGGACUGCCCGCACCCUCCACCCCAGCAGACAGCAGGUCUGAUCGUUCUGGCCGCCAUCACCCCCGAGUCAUCGCUGGACUCUGGCCACGAAACCAACUCCUCGGAGCUGACGGAUGUGUCGGAGAUGAUGUCGGCCAUGAAACAGCACCAGAACGCGGCCUACUUCCUGGCCCAGCACAUCAACAAGGAGGGUCUUCUGGCCCGGCGGGACCUACCCUUCCGCAUCCAGAGCUGCGCGGCCCAGACCCUGCUCGCCUCCCCCUACCCGCUCGGCCACCAGGACCCCAGCCCGGCCCUCAAACCGGCCUUGCCCAAGGAGAGCCCCAGCCCGGCGGGCCACCGGAGACACGAGGAGCAGCAGCGGCGGGAGCAGCGUUACGCGCUGGCUUUGCAGCGCGUCCUCUCCCCGGGGCCACACCCUCCGCAAGAGGGGAAAGGUCCGGGUCACCCCAUGUCUGCCCUGGGUCCGGAGCGGGGCUCGGGACCCCAGGAAGUGAAGCUGAGCCCCAAGCGGGUGCUGAGCCCCACGGGUCCGGCCGUCCCCCCGGCAGGCACGCAGCACUUUGCCCACAGCAGGGGCCUGCCAUCCCCGGGGCUGGCCAUGGCUAGCGCACCCAGGGACGAGAGAAGGCUGGGUUCUGGCGGCCCCCCCAAGACCGUCCAGGUGAAGGGGAGUCUGGGCCCGGUCGACCCCUCUGAGAACUUUCCCCAGCCCCCUCAGCAGCCUCCGCGACAGCCUCCGCAACAGUCUCCGCGGCGGCCUCCGCAACAGUCUCCGCGGCGGCCUCCGCAACAGUCUCCCCGGCAGCCUCCCCCGCAGCCUCCGCCGCAACCUCCACGGCAGCCUCCGGCCCAGCCUCCACGGCAGCCGCCGCCACAGCCUCCGCAACAGUCGCAGCAGCAUCGUGCUCCCGAGGCUUCUCCAAGCCCCAAAGCCCCACUGGGCCUCCGGACGGAUGGCGCUGUCCACCUCUCCCCGGGGGAGGAUGGGCCGGCCUCCCUUCUCUGUCCACCGCAGUCUGGGGGCCGGGUCCUGGUCGGGAAGGGGACGGGCGGGGAGGGCGAGGGGAGGGCGGGGGUCGGCAGCCCCCGCCCCGCCCCGCAGAAGCCCGGGACCCCGGCGACCGAGCCGGGGGCCGUCGGGGAGGAGCCCCGGGCCUCCUGCCGGAGGGUGAGCACGAUGCCCGGCCGGAUGGCGCCGGAGAAGGCGCCCGACGGCCCCCGGCCAGACCCGGGGCCGGACCCGGGACCGGACCCGGCCAGGCCCAAGGGCCCCCGGGCGCCGUUCCGGCUGCGGAGCCUGUUCUCGGCCACGUUCCCGGCCCGACUGCGGAGAGAGACGGACGAGCGGCAGGCGCAGCUGCGGAAGGUGAAGCAGUAUGAGCUGGAGUUCCUGGAGGAGCUGCUCAAGCCUCGAGGCCUGGAGGAACAGGCGGCCUCCCACCUCCUGCGCCCCGCCGGCCCGGGCCGCUGCACCUGCCAGCUGCGCUGCAGCCCGGUGCAGCAGGUGCCCGGCGUGUCCCGGGAGCAGCGGCGCAGCUGCGACUGCAAGAGGCUCUGCCGAGGGGGCAGGCCGCCGCAGCCUCCGCCGCAGCCUCCGCCGCAGCCCCCGCAGCCCGGUCCGCCAGAGGGGCGUGCGGGGCAGCCCGCCCGGGCCCGGAGCCUCGGCCGGCCCGGGGAGCGGGACCGGCCCGGGCGACAGGACCGGCGUGCCCGCUCCAGCAGCCCGGAGCCUCGGAGCCCGGAGUCCUGCCUGGCCACGUGCGCCCCACGCGGCGAGUGCGUGGCCGCCCCGCACUACCGGAAGCUGCUGCGCCGCUGCAGCCUCAGCGAGCCGGACCAGGGCGACCGGGCCUCCCUGACCUCCGACGUGUACCAGCAACCGCUGCCCCCCGAGGACGAGGACGGGGCCGUCCCGGGGCCCAAACCGCCCAGGGCCUCCCCGCUGCCGGACGAGGCCGGCGGCGAGCCGGGCCCCGGACAGCCGCCGGACGAGGCCCGGGAGGGCGAUCGCUGCUGCUCCAUCCGCGCCUGCUUCUCCUCCCGUAAGGGCGACGGGACCGACGACCCCGACGCCGUGGCCGGCGACGGGAAGGACGAGCCGGCCUUCGCCCUCCCCGCGCAGGUCCCGCCCGCCGGGCCGAGGGGCGACCGGGCGGGGCCCGGGGCCAGCCGGACCCUGCAGCCGUUGGCCGCCGCCACCUGCCGCAGCCCCGAGCCCGGACGCACGCAGGAGAUCGACCUGAGGACGGCGACCCUGGAGAGCAGCCUGGCCAAGAUCGGCGCCCUGCGGGGUCGCGCCUACGCCCUGCCCGACGGCUUCCGGGCCGCACAGCUGGACACCGGCGAGCUGCUGACCGUGCUGCGCCAGUGCGUGGCCGGGCCCGGGCCCCCGAGGGACCGGGCGCCGCACCGGGGCUCGCAGCUGGCCGCCUGCAAGCAGGACCUGGCCCUCAAGUUCAAGGAGUUCCGGGCCGCCUGCCGCCGGGUGGCCGCGGUGGACAAGAGCCCCACGCGGAUGCUGGCGGCCAUCACGGGCAGCUUCCAGGUGCUCAGCGGCCUGGUGGAGACCUUCGUCCGGCUGGUGCACGCCGUGCGGUCCGAGGCCCAACGCCAGGCCCUGCUGGCCAAGGUGGAGGAGGUGGCCAGGAACUACACUUCCCUGCUGCGGGCGGCCGAGGACUCCACCAUCCGGACCCUGGGUCAGCAGCGCUUGGCCGCCGCGGGCCCCGCCCCGCCCGGCCACCCGCCACCCAGCCUCCCGCCUACUACGAUGGGCUCGCUCACCCACUCCCUCAAGACCCUCAUCAACAAGUAAACCCGCCGCCUCCCCUCUCUGGUCCUCGUAUCCACACGGCCCCGGGCCACCCGUAGUCCAUCCGCGGCUUCCCCCCGUCCCGCCGGUGCGGGGGACGUGAGUGGGGGGCGGACCAGGCGGGGGACCCCCGAAGCCUCUGCGGGCUGCCGCUGCCUUGCGGGUUCCCACCCGCUCCCACUGUGAUCGGGGGCUUUCCCCCGGCCCCACCGGCGGCCCUCCGUCCGGCCGUCUGUCCGGCCCCAGCUCGUGCCCCGCGGGCCUCGCUCGGAGCUCAGGCUCCUCCGCCGACCCUUACCCACGUUGCCCCUUGUGAAGGAGGCUGGGGUGUAGCUGUGCCUUCCAGCUAAGUGGGCCCGCACCACGCCAAUACCGGGAGGAGGAGGAGGAAAUGUAGGGAGCAAAAGUCCCGAGUCGCCUUCUGAGGCAGAAGGAAGUGAGGCUAGCUUCUAGAAGGGUUUUCAGCCAUUCGGGACUGACAGUCCCCAGUGACCUCGCUUGACCUCGCUUCCCCAGGCCUCGCCGAUUCCCCUCCGAGCCUGGGCCGGAAUUUACGGCCCCUUAGAGCAGCAGGUUCUUCCCUGUGCCCUGACCUGAUCUGCUGAAGGCACUCGCUUGGAGGUCAGCAUUUUAGACGCCCUCCCAGGGGCCUGAACGGACCAGCCCAGCUCAGCCCAGCCCGGCCCCCGUUUUCGCUUUAGCAGAAGGGAGGCAGCCCGUUCUGCCUCUUGGGCCCGGCACUGCCAGCCGGCCCGCCCGCCCAGAGACGAGUUAUCCGGCCUUGGUUAUAAAAAUAAUUAUGGCAUUUGUUAAGCGCUUACUAUGUGCCAAGCACUGUUCUAAGCACUGGGGUAGAUAAAAGGUAAUCAGGUUGUCCUACCUGGGGCUCGCCUCGGUGUGGAGGUCAUUUGCUGUGAACCCCCGGGGUGUCUGGGGAGCUGGGUCCCACGUCCAGUCAUCCGUCCUCCCCCGCCGAGUGACCGGCUUUCUCCAAGAAGAAAACGAGCGCCUUAACUGGUGUGUCCCGGGCACCAGUCCCUCCCGCCCCCCGCCCCUAUCCCUGGACAACCUAGUAGGGGUACCCUUCUUCGAUCACUCCCCUGGUCCCCUAUCCCCUCCCCAACCCCCGCCCCACACUUAGGGAAGGGGAGGAGCCCUCUUUUUCUCUUCCGUAGCCUUGGGAUCGGGCCGGGUGCAGUCCCUGAGAUUGGGGGCUGAGGUCCUUGGGUGGCCGCUCUCUUUUCCGGGCUCCAGGGAUGGGUUCUCCAGCGCUCCAAGGGAACAGACUGUGAAUUUCAUCUCUUCUCACCCAGAUCUCUUUGGCUUCCCAAGAGAAGCCCAGUGAGAUCUCUGGCUCGUUCAUGAGAUUUGUGGGGUUGCGUUUCCCCCACCCCCGUCCUCCCUGCAAUCACCACCUCCUGACCUCCUGUCCCGGGGCUGUUCCUGGCUGGGGUCCUUGGGACGGGGGAAGGCUGUGGGGAGGGGAGCCCCAGAAUUGACCCUCUCCUUCUGCUCCCCGGGCUCCGUGGAGCAGAAUGGACCCAGACAGCUGAUGUAAAACCCACAGUGGAGCCCCUCACUGCAAGCCCCUGAAGGCCCAGCGCUGGCAUUUCUGGCCCUGACAGUCCUCUUCCCCACUCCCCACUCAUGCCCCCCCCCCCCAUACAUGCACCACCCCCCAUCAUGCCCCUGCUCCUUCUCAUUCCUCCUCCUCCACUCCAGUGCUCCUCCUCCUCACUUUUUCU